AUGCACCGGCUGUAUUUCAAAUCCAAGCUCGAGCUGGUGACCAACUGCGCGUGGACGAAGAGUGGUAGCAAUAGUAGUACUGGUAGUAAGACGACGACGAGCGACGGUGGUAAUGGCGAGAAUGCGUCGUCAUCGAUCGUGUUUUUAGACGCGUUGGAAAAGGAGAUCGCGAACGAAAAGAAAGAAAGAGGAGGAGAAAAAGAAGAAGAAAACGACGAGGUGGAUGAAAUAAACGAGGAGUUUGCGGACAGAGUGCUGAUCUCGCGAUUAUCGUUAUCGCUAUCCUCGUCAUCAUCGUUAGGAGGAGCAGGUGGUGGUGGUGGUGGUGGUGGUGGUGAACAAAGAAGAAACGAACACCAACUGAAUCAAAAGUCAAAGUUCAGGUACCUUUUAGAAACGUUUCACAGAGCGGACGAGGAGUUGCGAAAGUCCACUCUCGCGCAGUUUGCAAACGAAAGGGACGCGAAAGAUAAGUUCGACCUGUUGAUGCAAGAGGUGAAGAAAUUGUGCGUCUCUUACGGUGGAUUGGUGUUGAAUCCGGACGAGGAAAUUCGAGGGACCCGAGAAGAGCCAGGGAUGUUUCCAAUAUCAGAGUGGGAGGAAGAAUACGGUGUGAAUGAGUUUUCGUAUCGAUUAUACACGGGCGAAAUGAGCCAGAUGUAUUUGGACGCGUUUUGCAAAAAGUUUGGCGAGGAAGAACCUGACCUGCUGGAUGCGAUAUUCUUGCACGAAAGGCAAUGGACGUUUACGAGAGAGAAAUCUUUACCGACCGAACCUUUUCUCGUCCACGGAAUGUCCAUUCUCGCGGAUUUCGAUCCAUUUUUGAGGGCAAUGUUUAUGCUCGCGGCGAAUCCAAUCGCCGCGGCGAGAUUGAUAAAGCAUCCGCUCUGGAUGCCCAAAAACCGCAACGCUCAAAUCUUUCCUACUUUACCGCCGCACGUAAUGAUGAUACCAAACUUCAACGCAAACGCGCGAACGUCCGAUGGAUACGUGUUGGGUAAAGAUUUUGAGGAGUGUUCAAUAUUAGGGCCGCUGUUUGCGCUUUCGCCGAUGUAUUCGAGGGUUCCGGUGAUGAACAUGUUGUCGCAAAGACGAGAACCAAACGUAUUUCCAGCUUUAUUUCCAAGCGUUGAUUUAGGAUCGAAAGACUUGAAAGUGAGUGUGCGCGAAAGAGACAACGCGCAUGCGACGAUUUGGAUGCACAUGGCUCGCGUCUACGAAGGCUUGCACGCAAUCUUAAAGACUUUGCUUAAACACGGCGGGCCAACUCGUGAUGGCGUUUUAAAGUGGAUCUUCUUAAACUUGCACGUGAAUAAGAAAAGAAGUCAACAAGAGCAACAAUUAUCUUGGUUUGAGAAUUGCUCAGACGGCUACUUUGUAAACUUUUGCGAGACGAUGUUACGUUUGAGUUUGCCAUUCACGGACGUUCUCAACGGAAAAGGAAAACAUUUGCCGAAAAUUAAAGCGGAAUACACGCUUUCUAAAUCGUGCGGUAUAACGGACUACAAAGAUUGCACGAGACUUGGCAUGACCGAGAGCGAAGCGGAACAAUGCUAUAACAGCGGGGAGUUUGAGUUGGAAGAAGGUGGCGAUGCGAACGCGUCGUCGUGGGGAUUCGUCUGCGAAUGUUUUUUCGCGACUCAUCGCGCUAUGCAUCUUGGCAUCAUCGCUUGUAUCAACGCGCAAGAAGAGAGGCAGCGACAUACCAUACGCCGUUAUGCCGAGAGAGUGAACGAAUUGGAGGAGGAGAUACAAUCUUUACCCGGGAACGAUCCGCGAAGACACGAGUUUGUUGUUCAACUCGGACAACUUCGCAUGAAGAAAGAUGCCUACAUUCAACAGACGAUGCUUUGCGAUGCGACUUUGAUGGAUCCGCGCGUAGUAUCGGAUAGUUUUGCAUUCUAUCGUUUAACGUGCGUGUGGUUAUUGAACGAAGCAAGAAGUGGUGGUGGAGAUCAGACAUCACCAGCAAUUCCGACGACGACGACGACGCAACUCCCGGAUGAAGCCUCGAAAGCUUUCCGAGCGAUACCGGAAGAAAUUGUGGAAGAUACUUUGGACUACUUGGUGUACGUCAUGUGCACGAAAAGUUCUUCGCAUUCGUUGAUUGAGAAUGAAAUUUUGACCGAAGUCGUAGACUUUCUCGUUCUCUUCUCCGGGGCGUCUGAGCACAUCAAAAAUCCAUAUCUUCGAUGUAAGUUUGUCUCGGUCAUACACUCGUUCUUACCAGACUAUUCUGGCUCGGAUAAAUUAGGUCGAGUGAUGUUCGAAACAAACGCGAGCGCAUUUCAGUUUCUCAUCCCGAACUUGCUCAAACUCUUCGCCGAUGCCGAGCAAGCUGUUGGUCCUUACGAAAAAUUCAACGUCCGCAAAGAAAUCGGCGACAUUUGCGAGUAUCUUUGGGCAAUCCCGGAGUACCGAAACGGUUGGAAGAUUUUUUCAGAAACCAAGUGGCGAUUUUACGCGAAGUUUGUUGACAUGCUCAUCAACGAUGCCGUGCACUCUCUCGGCGAGGCUAUGGAGAAACUUCCGCAAAUUCGAGAAAGGGAGGCGUUGAUGGGGGACGAAGCGCAGUGGAAUCAGCUGACGGACGAACAACGCGACGAUCACGAGUCGCGUUACGAAAGCAGCGAACGAGAACUGAGAUCGGAUUUGUUUUUCGCGAAGCAAAACAUAGAAAUGAUGGCGUAUACGAGUAAAGAGAUCGCCACGCCGUUCCUAAGGCCCGAGAUUAUCAAAAGAGUCGCGGACAUGUUGAACUACUUCCUGAGUCACCUCGCCGGCCCGGAGAGACGAAAGUUGAAAGUGAAAAACCCGGAGAAGUAUAAGUUCGAUCCGAAAGAGUUGCUGACAAAAAUCGUCACCGUGUAUCUCAAUCUUUAUAAAAACGAAAGCAUUAUCAAUGAAGGCGCGGACAAGAUGGAUACGGGUGCGGAAAAGACGUUAGCCGAGGCGAUUUCGGAAGAUGGGCGAAGUUACAAGGACGAAGUCUUUACCAUGGCCAUCGACGUUCUCUCCAAACACUUUCUUCUUUCGCCGACGGAAAUUGAGAUUUUCCAAAAGCUACAAAAAGCUGCGAAAAAAGCUGCGGACGAUGCCGUCGACCUCGAAGCCGAUUUAGGCGAGAUUCCAGACGAGUUCCAAGACCCUCUCAUGUGUACUUUGAUGAAAGAUCCAGUCAUCGUACCGAUCACGAAAAACGUCUGCGACCGGGCCACCAUCGAGCGCCACUUGCUUUCUAACGAAACCUGUCCUUUCAGUCGUCAACCGUUGAAAGUAGAGGAUUUGAAAAGUGACGUCGAGUUGAAGAGAAGAAUCGAAGAGUGGGUCAUGGAGCAAAAGAAAAGGGCGAAGAAGUCAUACUAUAAUGUCCGUAGUUAG